UGUCGUACUAUAAAGAUGUGUCCCAAAAUAAUUUUCUUUCUAUCUCUUGUAUUGUUAUUAACUUUUAUUAGUAAUGAUUCAACACAAGCGCUUUCAAUUAAUAAACCUCACGAAUUCAAAAGUGACGUCGUCCAAACGCAUUGGCCUACCGACAAAAAGCUUCCAGCUGCUGAUGUCAACGAAGAAGAUCAGCCUGGAUUUUGGAGAAAACAAUUGGUAAGAUUUGGGGAAGUAGCUAGUAAAGUGGGUAAUUCCGUUGGAUCUUCGGCAACAAGUAUAACAAGAGCGAUUGAUAAAGUAUGUGAAGUUGUCAAAACUGUCAUUCCUUUAUUAGCUGCAGUAUGCCACGUUGGACAGUUUAAAUUCUGUGCUGCCACCACUGGAGCUCCCGACGAACUAAAUACUGCUAUCAAUAAUGGUUACGCAGAUUUAAAUUUACCAGAUUAAUUAAAAAUGUUUAUUUUUUAAAUAUAAUUUGUGGCAUUCCAAAAUAUAUAGAAUAACCCUCGUAUAUGUAAUAAAUAAUUGACAUUUAUUGUCCACCAUGUAUAAGAUAUGAAAUUAAUUAUAAAAACAC